AUGACAUUUCUAGAUUAUAUUAUACGUCAGAGUAAUAGUAAAUGUAAUAAUAAUAGUAAUAAUAAUAAUAAAUGUAAUAAUAAUGAUAAGGAUGAUAAUUAUAAUGUAAAGAUUGAAACACCACUUGAAGAAAAGAAGGCGGUAGUGUCAAUAGAGAUUGGUCAAUCUGGUUGUGCAGUAGCCUAUGCCAUUUCAAAUGACAGCCCUACCAUUAAACAAGUCAGUUGGACAGGAACACACUCCUUCAAGACAUUGACAAAGGCACUAUUUUCACUUGACACGCCCGAAAGACGUCUAUUGGCGUUUGGAUAUGAAGCAAGAGACCUCCAGAAACAAGAUGGCAUGUACAAACUCUGUCCAUCAUUCUCCAACUUUAAAAUGGUGGUCCUUGAUCAUCAUGACGGUGCAGACUCUCUAGUACAAUCAGACUCUAACCCAAAUGAAAGUAUCACUGCCAUGGAGUUGGUAUCACAUACUCUUGGGUUUCUUAUGAAUCGAGCACUUUCAACUCUACAAUCAGAACCAAUCUUUUACAAGACAGUCUUGACCAACAACGAUGUACAAUGGGUUGUAACAGUCCCCGUCAACUCCAUCCUCUCUGCCGAUCAAUUCUAUCGUAAUGCUGCUGGUAUAGAUUCAUUGAUACUAUGCUCUGAAUCUGAUGCCGGUGCAAUAGAAUCUAUCCUCCACCACAACAACAACAACGAUACUAAAAAGUUUAAAAAGGAUGAUACAUUCUUGGUCAUUAUUACUGGACAUUCAACUUUGGAUUGUAUUGAAUAUAAAUUAAAUCAAGAUAAUCAAUUAGAAAUGAUUGAAUUGUUAUUGGGAGGCUAUCCAAUUGGAUCGAAUUUUGUUAAUCUAAACUUUGUAGAGUUUCUAUCCAAUGUGUUUGGCAAUGAUACCGUCAAGAGAUCAGAGACAUCACAUCGAUUCACUACACUCUUGGACAACUUUGAAACGCAAAAGGUUAACGAUAAACUAACCGAUGUGAUAAAGGUUGGCAUGUACAUUGACACUUUUACCGAUGAGAAUGGUAAAUAUGAGUACACAACAGAAUGGUAUAUCGAGAAAGUCAAUCAAUACAACCAAAAAAAACCAAAUGGAAAUGUUCAAUACAAAGAUAAUGCAUUGUGGUUGCCAGCUGACUUGUUCCAAUCCUUUUUCGACCCAGUCUUGAAGGUGUUGGGAGACAUGGUAUUAAAGAGUGUUGGUGAAAAGAGAUUCGACCAUCUAGUUAUGAUUGGUGGGUUCUCUGAUAGCCCUCGUUUACAAGACUAUGUCAACAAGGAUACCCGUCUAGAACACUUAGCCAAGUCAAAAGGUAUACAUCGUAUGCGUCAAGGUGAAGCGGGGAUGGCUGUUGUAAGAGGUGCGUGUCGAUACGGACUCACCCAAACCAUCCUUGGUCAUCGUAUCACAAAGAAAACAUUUGCUAUUGAAACUAUCGGCCAGAUGCAAGGAGAUGAUAUCGUUGGAGAAGAUCUGCUGCACUUGGCCGACUUAAACAUUAAUGGAAACAUGUAUCGAAAGGGUCAAUGUGACAUUUUCAUAAAGGCAGGUCAGCAUGUACCCCACAAUCACAAGGUCACACGUACCUAUAGUCUACUCGUAAAAGGACAGAAAACAGCUAGGAUUGCAAUCUAUCAAAGUGCAGAUACCAACUUACAAUCGGUUAGAGACAAGGGAUGUGAGCGUAUUGGAGUUAUUGUGAUUAGAUUGGAUCAACCUACUACUACAACGACUACACCUACUCUUAUCCAAGUUUCAAUGCAAUUUGGUGAAACCAAGUUGAAUGUCACUGCAAUGACGAGAUCUUGUGAACCUGUACAUGCGACUUUUGAAUAUGACAGUGACCACCGCGGUCAUCGCCAUCAUCACUAUCAUAGUAGCAGUCCUCCCAAGAUUCAACUGUGUCUGUUACUAGACUGCACAGCGUCAAUGAAGGAUUCGAUCGUACAAGUCAAAUCAAUGAUGGUCAAUCUCUUGACCAAACUCCGACAGAUUCACAAUAAUAUCAUUUUAGAGACAUCGUUUGUUGGUUAUAGAGAUCACAAUGAUCCAAUGACCAUCAUUUCAUUUACACGAAAUACUGCAUGGUUUGAACAAGAAAUUAAAAAGGUUGUGACAACGUCUGGAGGUGACGAACCUGAAGAUAUUGCCUCUGCACUGAUUCAUGUCAGAGGAUUGGCAUGGGAUAGUAGCAGUGGUGGUCUGUCUUCAACCAUUAAAAUACUUUUACAUUCCUGUGAUAGUCCAUGUCACGGCUACGAUUACCAUAUUCUAAAGGAAGACUCACAUCCAAAAGGUACAACCACCGAACGACCAGAACAAGUUCUCCUCAACUUGAAAAAACGAGGUAUCCAAUACAAUUUCAUUCGAAUCAAUAAUUCCACCGAUGUAAUGAUCAAUGUAUUCGAAAGUCAUUGUAGAGAUGACCUAAAUACUAUGCAGCUUGGUGACGAUUUUUCAAAACUAUUAAAUACUAUCUAUUCAAUUAUUUGUGAUUCUAUUCAAAAUCAUGCUUAA